AUGCUGAGGAACUUACAGUGCCGAAGUCAUCAGGUUGAAAGUGCUAGUGAAAUGAUGCAAUUUAUGUUAUUGUUUAGUAGGCAGGGAAAGCUACGAUUACAAAAAUGGUACGUGGCAUAUCAAGAUAAGAUGAAGAAAAAAAUCACUCGGGAAUUGGUUACGACAAUUUUGGCUCGGAAGCCAAAAAUGUGUGCUUUUCUAGAAUACAAGGAUCUUAAAAUCGUUUACAAAAGGUACGCAUCGUUAUAUUUUUGUUGUGCAAUUGAACAAACAGACAAUGAAUUGUUAUGCCUAGAAAUUAUACAUCGAUUUGUUGAACUGUUGGAUAAGUAUUUUGGCAGUGUUUGCGAAUUAGAUAUUAUUUUCAAUUUUGAGAAGGCAUAUUUUAUAUUGGAUGAAUUUUUGUUGGCGGGCGAAAUACAGGAAACAAGUAAAAAGCAGGUUUUGAAGGCAAUCGCGGCUCAAGAUCUCAUUCAGGAGGAAGAAACGCCGCAAGGAUUCUUUGAGGACCAUGGCCUUGGUUAA